AUGUCUCUGUUCACAGAAUUGGAGACGCCAGUCACUGGCAUCUACACCCAGCCUACAGGCCUGUGGAUUAAUAACAAAUGGGUCGAGGCCAUAGGAAAGAACAGCUUCGAAGUCAUAAACCCUGCUACAGAAGAGGUUAUUUACUCGGUCUCUGAAGCCACCGACAAGGACGUAGAAAAGGCCGUAUCGGCCGCACGAAGAGCAUUUGAAGGUUGUUGGCGCACCACCACACCCCAACAACGGGGAAUCCACCUCACGAAUCUCGCUCAGAUAUGCGAGAAGAACAUAGACAACCUGGCUGCCAUCGAAUGUCUUGAGAGCGGAAAGUCUAUCUUGACAGCCAAAGAGGAAAUCAUUGCCGUUAUCGGCUGCCUCAGAUAUUACGGCGGCUGGGCCGACAAGAUUGAGGGCAAGACUCUCGACAUAAACCCAGAAACAAUGCACUACACCAGACAGGAGCCGCUCGGUGUCUGUGGCCAAAUCAUCCCGUGGAACUUCCCAAUGCUGAUGUUGGCCUUCAAGAUUGGACCAGCGCUUGCCGCGGGUAACACAGUUGUUGUGAAGACCGCAGAGCAAAUGCCGCUCGGGGCGCUUAUUUUCGCCGACUACGUUAAGCAAGCUGGUUUCCCUCCUGGCGUGCUGAACAUCCUUUCUGGCUUCGGCAAGGUUGCUGGUGCUGCCAUCUCCUCCCAUAUGGGAAUCGACAAGGUAGCAUUCACCGGUUCCACCGCUGUCGGGCGUACCAUCAUGAAGGCGGCAGCAAUGUCCAACCUGAAGCAAGUGACCCUGGAACUUGGGGGGAAGUCGCCAAAUAUCGUCUUUAGUGACGCCGACAUCGAACAGGCAGUCUCCUGGGUCAGCUUCGGCAUUUACUAUAACCAAGGUCAGUGUUGUUGUGCCGGUUCUCGCGUUUACGUGCAGGAGAGCGUUUACGACGUUUUCAUUGAAGCAUUCAAAAAGCGGGCUCAGGCAAUCUGCGUUGGAGACCCCUUCGAUGCAAAGACAUUCCAGGGCCCUCAAGUCAGCCAGCGGCAGUUCGACAGAAUCAUGGGAUACAUCGAGGAGGGCAAGAAAGAGCGCAAUGUCACUGCAGAUAUAAAGAUCAUGCAAGAGGAGAUAUUCGGUCCCGUUGUUGCCGUCGCCAAGUUCAAGACAGAAGAGGAGGUCAUCAAGAUGAGUAAUGACAGCCCAUAUGGUCUGGCGGCAGGCGUCCACACAAACGAUCUCAAUACCGCCAUCCGGGUCAGCAACUCCUUGCUUGCCGGUACCGUCUGGGUCAACUGCUAUACCAUGGUGUAUCACCAACAGCCAUUUGGUGGAUAUAAGCAGAGUGGCAUCGGUCGCGAGCUUGGCGAGGCGGCGCUGGCAAACUAUACACAAACUAAGUCGGUUACGAUUCGCCUAGGCGGUGCCCUAUUCUAA